GGGUUCCGCGCCGUUUGCGGCAGACAUGAACACGAAUCCCACGUCUAGCCAGACGGACCCGAAUGAGCUGUUUUUCUCUCCGGCGGCGGCGGCAAAGGCUUCGACAUAAGCAUGUCCAGGCCCGACAGCGGCAGUGGCGACGAAUCCCUGGACGGCCUCACGAGCCGCAUACCUCGCUGCUGCCCCCUGACACCAUCGCUGUCACCCCAAAAAUGCACCACCAGCCAGUCCCAAACUGUGCCCCCGCUGCUGAGGACCAACAAGAGGACCAUCUACACAGCCGGCAGGCCCCCCUGGUACAACGUCACCGGGACCACCUUCAAGGAGGCCUUUGUCAUCGGUCUGUGUGGAGGGAGUGCUUCUGGCAAAACAACUGUAGCCAAUAAGAUCAUUGAGGCGCUGGAUGUUCCCUGGGUGGUUCUGCUCUCCAUGGACUCCUUCUACAAGGUACUGACCAAAGAAGAGCAGGAGCUGGCGGCCAACAACGAGUACAAUUUCGACCACCCAGACGCCUUCGACUUUGAACUGCUGGUCAAUGUCCUGCGAAAGCUGAAGAAAGGCAAAAGCAUCAAAGUGCCCGUGUAUGAUUUCACGUCUCACUCCAGACGCAAAGAAUGGAAAACUGUGUACGGCGCCAAUGUUGUCAUCUUUGAGGGAAUACUGGCCUUUGCCAACAAGGAACUGCUCAAGCUGCUGGACAUGAAAGUUUUCGUGGACACCGACUCCGACAUCCGUCUCACACGCCGGCUGAAGCGGGACGUGUCGCAGCGCGGGCGGGACAUCGGCGGCAUCAUCAAGCAGUACAACAAGUUCGUCAAGCCGGCCUUCGAGCAGUACAUCGAGCCCACCGUGCAGCUGGCCGACAUUGUGGUGCCUCGAGGUGGCGACAACUUUGUGGCGCUGGAUUUGAUCGUUCAGCACGUACACAGUCAGCUGGAGAAGCGUGAGAUCACCGUGAGGUCGGCUCUGGCGUCGGCUCACCAAGGUCAGCCGCUACCCGACACCCUGAGCGUCCUGAAGAGCUCGCCGCAGGUGCGCGGCAUGCACACCAUCAUCAGGAACAAGGAGACCAACCGUGACGAGUUUGUCUUCUACUCCAAAAGAUUAAUGAGGCUCCUGAUCGAACACGCCCUCUCUUUCCUGCCUCUCCAGCCCGCAUCUGUGGAGACGCCUCAGGGUAGCGUCUACCACGGCAGGAGGCUGAGCGGUAAAAGAAUCACAGGCGUGUCCAUCCUAAGGGCAGGCGAGACCAUGGAGCAGGCACUCAUGGCUGUGUGCAAAGAUAUCCGACUGGGCAAAAUCCUCAUCCAGACCAACCACAACACAGGUGAACCUGAGCUCCACUACCUGCGGCUGCCCAAAGACAUCAGCGAGGACUUCGUCAUCCUGAUGGACAGCACCGUGUCUACCGGGGCCGCGGCUCUCAUGGCCAUCAGGGUUCUGCUGGACCACGACGUGGCGGAGGACAAGAUUUUCUUGCUUUCGCUGCUCAUGGCGGAGAUGGGCAUCCACUCGGUGGCCUACGCUUUCCCCAAAGUGCGCAUCAUCACCACCGCAGUAGACAAGGAGGUCAACCACGAGUUCCACAUCAUCCCCGGCAUCGGUAAUUUUGGCGAUCGCUACUUUGGCACCGACGCCCCUUCCGACUGGUGCGAAAGUGACGACGGGAUGGACUUGUGACGGGGGCCCGAUAGCAAAACAUCGCCACGCCUCCCAGGUCCACAAGACGCGUACCAACAAAUAAUGAUUUAAAAAAAAAAAAAAUCAAGUAAUGUGUAUUCAUGUUCACAUGCUUUGUUUUGAUUAUGUAAACAGCGCUUGACUUUAAAAGGGACAACUUUAUUGAAUGUUGUUGUGUUCAAUCUACGUUGGGCUUCAUCUUCAGCCCCAUCAGGAGUAGGUGGCUCCAUUCUUUAGUCCGGCCCAUCGAGAAUUUACAUUAUCUCCAGACUUUUUCAACUAAAUCCAUGUAGAUUCUGCAGUUGUUUAUGAUGGAGGUUAGCAUCUCUUUUGUUACCAUAGCAACUCCGGAUUACCUCUUUUAGUGGACCAGCCUGAACGGCUCCUCUUUUGCUUUAAACCCCGAGUUCUUCUAGCGUUUAGCAUGUACGUUCGGUCAUGCUAAACGCUUGAAUAUUUACCAGUGCCUAUUUGUUGUACUUUCAGGAGCAAUUCAUAAAAUUUUGAUGACUUGAAAAAUUAUGAAUAGUUUGGACAUGAAUUUCAAAACUAUUUGUUUUUUGUUUACUUUUAAUGUGUAGAAUAUAUUUUAUGGUGCCUUUCAUGAUAGUUGUGUGAUUUGGAACUUUUACGACAUUUUUCUAUGAGCCAACAUUUUGUUACAAAAUGAAGGUCAUUUGUGUAGAUUCUGCUGUUAAUUUUUAUUUGAUGCCUGUCGAUAUUGAGCCAAGAUAGAAAUUGAAUGUUCUAUUCUCUGCGUUUACAUAAUUUCAACUAUUUGGAAUGCCAACAUGUUGCGACCAUAUUUGCUACCAUUUUCAAGGUUUUAAUUGUAUUUUAUAAUUGA